CAUCUUCCCCGUGAAGCCCAUCUCAUCCCAUCCCAUCCCAUCCCACACUUGGGUUUCUGAGGCCACCAAAUCAUGAGAGCUUCCAUCCUUCUCUUCCUCCUCGCGGUCACUCUCUUCUCCUCUUCCAUUGCCACCGGUGGUGACGUCUUGACUCCCCACCGACCCAUCCUCGACGACGGCACGACCCUGAUCUCGGCCGGCGGUGCCUUCGAGCUGGGCUUCUUCAGCCCCGUCGGCUCCGACAACCGCUACGUCGGCAUAUGGUUCCACAAGGUCUCACUGCAAACCGUCAUAUGGGUCGCCAACCGCCAGCGCCCGGUGGCCGGUCGAACCGGGAGCCUUUCCUUGGCCGCCAACGGAACACUCUUCGUUACCGACAACUCCACCGUCGUCUGGUCCUCCGGCUCGCCCGCCCUCGCCAACCCCGUGGCGCAGCUCCUCGACGACGGUAACCUCGUCGUUAUGGAGUCCGGCAGCAGCGGCAAAGACCCCAACAGCUUUGCAUGGCAGGGCUUCGACUUCCCCACCGACACGCUCCUCCCGAACAUGAAACUGGGUUGGAAUCUCACCAGCGGGCUCAACCGCAACCUCACCUCCUGGGCGAGCCUCAGCGAUCCUGCAAUCGGCAACUACACCAUGGGCGUGGACGUGGACGGCGAUCCGCAAGGAUUCCUAUGGUCCAGAGAUAGCAAGCAGUGGCGGGCGGGGUCGUGGAACGGGAUCCAGUUCAGCGGCAUCCCGGAUAUGAAGACCUACAGCCAGUUCUCCUUCGAGUUCAUCAUCAGACCCGACGAGGUCUUCUACUCCUUCUUCGUGCACGACGACUCCAUCAUCUCAAGGUUGACGGUGCUGCCGUCGGGAAUCCUGCAGCGGCUGGUUUGGAUCGAACACAGCAAGCUAUGGAGCGUGUUCUGGUUCGCGCCCAGGGACCAAUGCGACUAUGUUUCGCCGUGUGGUCCCAACGGCGUCUGCGAUUCCAAUAACUCGCCCAUAUGCGAGUGCCUCCAUGGUUUCCGGCCCAAGAACCCCACCAACUGGGAUCUCAGGGACGGAUCGGACGGCUGCGUGAGGGAGACGGCACUGGACUGCCGGAACGGGACCGAUGGGUUCAACCAGCUGAGCAACGCCAAGCUCCCGGACACGUCGAGAGCAGUGGUCAACAGGAGCCUGAACCUGCAACAGUGCAGGGAUGCGUGUUCGAGGAAUUGCUCGUGCACAGGCUAUGCCGCUGCCAGCUUCAACUCCAGCGGGAUUUGGAAUGGCUGCAUCAUGUGGACGACCCAUCUCACCGAUCUCAGGGUGUAUGUCAGUGGCGGACAGGAUCUCUAUGUCAGGGUAGCAGCCGCCGAUUUAGAUCAAUCGGACUCGGAAACAAAACAUUCUCACCGGACUCGCGUGUUCGUGAUCGUCGUCGCCGUCCUUGCUCCGGCGAUUCUACUCGCAGCUUGUGUGGCUUGCUGCGUUGGGAGGAAGAAGAUGAUAAUGACGAGGAGAGCUACGUCCGGUACCAAAUCACUGUCGGGGCACCAUAUCGACGACGGAGCAGAAGGCAAGGACUUGGACCUACCACUGUUUGAUUUGGGCACGAUCGCGGAUGCCACCGACAACUUCUCCAUUCAUAACAAGCUCGGCGAGGGUGGAUACGGUCCGGUGUACAAGGGCAAACUGGAGGAGGAACAAGAAGUGGCCAUAAAGAGGCUAUCCAAGACGUCGAUGCAAGGCCUGGACGAGUUCAAGAACGAGGUGACUGUGAUCGCUAAGUUGCAACACCGAAACCUCGUUCGGCUUCUUGGCUGCUGCAUUCAAGCAGGGGAAAGGGUGUUGAUCUACGAGUACAUGCCCAAUGGAAGCUUGGACGCCUUCCUAUUCGAUAAAGUUAAAGGUGAAUUAUUGAACUGGCGAAGCCGGUACACCAUCAUCGUGGGGAUCGCCCGAGGCCUCCUCUACCUCCAUGAAGAUUCCAGACUAAGGAUCAUCCACAGGGAUCUCAAGGCCAGCAACAUUCUUCUCGACAAGGACAUGAACCCUAAGAUUUCGGACUUCGGCAUGGCCAGAAUAUUUGGAGGGGAUGAGACGGAAGUAAAUACCAUGAGAGUGGUGGGAACAUACGGUUACAUGUCGCCCGAAUACGCCAUGGACGGAAUCUUCUCGGUGAAAUCUGACGUGUUCAGCUUCGGCGUGCUGGUGCUCGAGAUCGUAAGCGGCAAAAAGAACCGCGGCGUUUAUUACUCCGGUCGCCACCUAAAUCUUCUGGCAUACACGUGGAGUCUCUGGAAAGAAGACAGAGUGCUGGAAAUGGUGGACGAAUCGAUCGGGGAGUCCUUCCCCACGGAUGAAGUCUUGAGGUGCAUAAAGGUCGGGCUUUUAUGUGUUCAAGAGAUGCCAGAAGACAGACCGACGAUGUCUUCAGUGGCGUUGAUGUUGGGGAGCGACAGUGCUCUCCUGCCGCAACCUGCUCACCCAGGUUUUGUGUCCGCCAGGUGCCCGAUCGAAAUGGAUUCAUCGAUAAGUAAGCAGGAGUCGAUGUCCAUAAACAACGUAUCGGUCACAAUGUUCGAAGGUCGGUAGAUCAACUAAAACGUAACUAUAGUGUUAAGAUUAUAUGGAGGUUGGUUUUUAAUUGUAAGGUGUUGUAGAGUGAAGGUCGGUACGUAUAACAUGUAUCGGACACACGAACGUGAGAGGAGGAGCCACCAACAUCGAUCGAUUCAGCCGGAGCUGAAGCGAGAUAGAUACGACGUGUACGUAGUUGACAUGUCUUCGUUUGUAAGAUUUAUCUGGAACCGACACAUAGUUAUCGUGUUUGAUUAAGAUGAACAGUGCCUAAA